AUGGAUGUGGCAACACAGACGAAAUGCCAGGUGCUGAGGAAAUAUUUCUUCCAACAAACUGGAGAGAAAGGAGGUUGGGACGGCACGCAAGUAGAGGAGAAAACAAAGGAAAUCGAAAGAAUAAGCGCUGUGAAAAAGGAAGAGAGGACAGGAUAUGAAGAAAGAGAAAAGAAAAACAAAAUAAAAAUACAAAACUCAGACACGCAGACUGAGCGAAUGAAAAAUAAAUCCGCUCAAGUCUUCGUGUGGAGGUCUGUAAAAAUUGACAUGGACGAGACGAGAAGGGCGAGCAGGGAGAGGACGCUGGACUUCAUACGCCGGUAUCGGCGAGUUGUCAACCUUGCGACCGAGACACGGGAUGAAACACCAGCAACGCCGACAACCGAGGAGGAAAGGAGGAAUCAGCAAAGAGAGGAAGAAAGAAAAAGAAAAAAGCAAGAACAAGAAGAAAUUGAAGUUAUAGCAGAAAUCACAGGAGAAAAGCAGAUCGAAGGGAAGACAGUGAGGAUCGGAGAACAGAAAAAGGAGAUGGAAAGGGCAGAGAGAAAGGAAAAUGAGGAUGAGUGGAGGAGAUGGAAAGCAGGCGAAUUUGUUUGGGGUGAAGAGACAAGUUGCCGGGACAAAAGGGAAAAUCAACGACCCUCAAUAUCGAUACAGAGCCUGUCCACUCUCCAAGGGGACAACUGGGUGAACGACGAAGUAAUUAACGCUUAUAUGACGUUGAUCUCAAGUCAAUCACAAACAUACACAAAAACGAAAGAAAAGAUCCACUGUAUGAGUUCGUUUUUCUAUCAUCGUUUACAAACAGGAGGAUACCCGGCAGUUCGGCGGUGGACUAGGAAAAUCGACCUCUUUUCCUUCGACAAAAUCCUCGUGCCCUUACACUUCGGCGACCACUGGUGCUUAGCAUCGAUAGAUCUUUUAAAAAAAAGAAUUAACUUCUUUGACAGCCUCGACGGGAUGGACAGGAACAGCCUAAAAGUACUAUUGAAUUACUUGAUUCAUGAGGCAAAAGAUAAAAACAACCCAAGUUUCAAUCCGAGUGAAUGGCAGUUGGUUUCGAGGAAAGAAAUUCCCCGACAAAGGAACGGUUUCGACUGCGGGGUUUUCGUUUGUCUCUUCGCAAAAUAUGAAGCGACGAAUCGCAAAAUGAAUUUCAUCCAGGAGGAUAUAAGAAAAGAAAGAAUACGAAUCGCAGAGGAAAUAACGGCAAACAAAUGGCGAGAGGAUUAG